ACUAAUAGGUUUUUCCAUUAAUCAUGGGGAACACAUUGCAAAAAAUCCAAGAAGACGAAUUGCCAGAUGAAUCUCAACCAUUCUGCUGCAAAAUUUGUAUGGAGCCUUUGUUGUUACCCAGUACAAAAUUUAAGAACCAAAAUCUCUGCGUUCAUCCGUUCUGCAUUGACUGUAUAACAAGAUACAUCUCCGUCAAGCUUGUUGACAAUGUCAUCGAAAUUCCGUGUCCGUUUCCGACUUGUAACCAAUUUUUAGACCCAAUCGGUUGCCGGAAUCUUGUGGAUUCUGAACUGUUUGAUAAAUGGUCUGAAAAGUUGUGUGAGUACUCUGUUUUAGGGUUGACGCGGUGUUACUGCCCUAAUCGGAACUGUUCUGCUUUGAUUUUGGAUGAAUGCGGUGGCGUUGCGACGCGAUCAAAGUGCCCAAAUUGCAAGAGAUUAUUUUGCUUCCAGUGCAAGCUUCCAUGGCAUGCUGUGUUUCAAUGUGAGGAGAGUGGGGCAUUGAGGGAUAAAAACGACGUCGUUUUUGGUAAGCUUGCUGAGCGUAAAAAAUGGCAGAGGUGUCCUAAGUGUCGCUCUUUUGUUCAACUUAGUGAUGGUUGCCGUUUUAUCACGUGCAGGUGUCGUGCCAAUUUCUGCUACAACUGCGGAAUGCGAGUCGAUCGUCCCCAUGGCCGGUGGCCCAACAUUUAA